CGACGGCGCGGCCGUUGUGUGUGGCUCGAACAGCCACGGCCAGUGCAGCCUGCCCAGCCUGGCCGCGGGCCUGACCUAUGCCCAGGCUGCAGCGGGAGGUUGCCACGCGGUCCUGCUGAGGAGCGACGGCGCGGCAGUGGCCAGCGGCGGCAACUCCUCUGGCCAGUGUAACCUGCCGGCGUUGGCUGGAGGCCCGACCUAUACCCAGGUCGCAGCUGGCAUGUUCCACACGGUUCUGCUCAGGAGCGACGGGGCGGCCCUUGCCUGCGGCAGCAACAGCGACGGCCAGGGCGACUUGCCGGCGCUGCUUGGAGACCUGACCUACACCCAAUGCGCAGCUGGAAUGUUCCACACGGUUCUGCUCACGAGCGAUGGCGCGGCCGUGGCUUGCGGCAGCAAUGGUGACGGCCAGUGCAAUUUGCCUUUGUUGGUUGGAGGCCUGACUUAUUCAAUUGCAGCCGGAGGGUUGCACACGGUCCUGCUGAAGAGCGACGGUGCGGCCACGGCCUGCGGCAGGAACGAUUUCGGCCAGUGCGAUUUGCCGGCGCUGACUGGUGGCCUCACGUAUACGCAAGCCGCAGCAGGGGUGCGCCACACGGUCCUGCUCAGGAGCGAUGGCGCGGCCGUGGCCUGCGGCGCGAACGACCGAGGCCAGCGCAGCUUGCCAGCGUUGGGUGCAGGCCUGCAUACCCACGCCGCAGCCGGAGGGCUGCACACCCCGUCCUGCUCCGGAGCGACGGCGCGGCCGUGGCCUGCGGCGCCAACGACCGCGGGCAGUGCAGCUUGCCCGCGCUGCCUGGGGGCCUGGCCUACGCGGCGGCCUCGCCGCGGGCCCUGCUCCUGCAGGCCUCCUUCGACGGCGCCUCGGUGCGCUUCGUGA